UUGUAUCCGGACAGCCGCUGCCUGGACAGCACAGACCAAGCGUUGCUUUCCGCUUUCAUGGACGUGGGCCAGCGUUGACCUAUGGAGGGUCGGGGUGUGCCUCCCGGGCCUUAUCGGGCCACCAAGCUGUGGAAUGAAGUCACUACAUCUUUUCGAGCAGGAAUGCCUCUAAGAAAACAUAGGCAACACUUUAAAAAAUAUGGCAAUUGUUUCACAGCAGGAGAAGCAGUGGAUUGGCUUUGUGACCUAUUAAGAAAUAAUAGUAAUUUUGGUCCUGAAGUUACAAGGCAACAAACUAUUCAACUGUUGAGAAAAUUUCUGAAGAAUCAUGUAAUUGAAGAUAUCAAAGGUAGAUGGGGAUCAGAAAACCUUGAUGACAACAAUCAGCUAUUCAGAUUUCCUGCAACUUCACCACUUAAAACUCUUCCACGAAGACAUCCAGAAUUGAGGAAAAACAGCAUAGAAAACUUUACAAAAGAUAAAGAUAGUGUUUUUAAAUUAAGAAAUUUAUCUCGUAGAACUCCUAAGAAGCAUGGAUUACAUUUCUCUCAGGAAAAUGCAGAGAAAAGGAGUCAUGAAAUAAUCAUUGAAGAUCAAGAAAACUCAACUGAUAAGAGAGAAAUAAGCCAGGAAGAUAUUGAAGAAGUUUGGAGAUAUAGUAUUCUGAUCUACCUGCAAACCAUUUUAGGUGUUCCAUCCCUAGAAGAACUGAUAAAUCCAAGCCAAGUAAUUCCUCAAUAUAUAAUGUAUAACAUGACCAAUACCAGUAAGCAUGGAGUAGUUGUACUACAAGACAAAUCAGAUGACCUUCCUCACUGGGUAUUAUCUGCCAUGAAGUGCCUAGCAAAUUGGCCAAGAAGUAAUGAUACAAAUAACCCAACUUAUGUUGGGUUUGAGCGAGAUGUAUUCAGAACAAUCGCAGAUUAUUUUCUAGAUUUCCCUGAACCUCUACUUACAUUUGAAUAUUAUGAAUUAUUUGUGAACAUUUUGGUUGUUUGUGGCUACGUCACAGUUUCAGAUAGACCCAGUGGGAUACAUAAAAUCCAAGAUGAUCCAGAGACUUCAAAAAAAACCCUUCACUUAAACAAUCUGAAUUCCUUCAAAUCAACUGAAUGUCUUCUUCUUAGUCUGCUUCACAAAGACAAAAACAAAGAAGAAUCAGACUCUACUGAGAAACUACAGAUAAGUGAUCAAGGAUUUCAAGAAAGAUGUGCUAAGAAAUUGCAGCUAGUUAAUUUAAGAAACAGAAGAGCCAGUGCCAAUGACAUAAUGGGAGGAAGUUGUCAUAAUUUAAUAGGCUUAAGUAGUAUGCAUGUUCUGGCCUCUAACAUCAAACCAAGGUGCUCUUCUUUGGAGGGAAUUAUAGAUAUGCCUGAGAAUUCAAAUAAAAAGGUGUCUAGUACCUUCCAUCAAUCUGUUAAGAACAUAGAAGGACAAAAUAAUAAACAAUUUUUAGAGUCAGAGCUGAACCAGGAAUUUUUAUUGAAUCUUCAUUCAGAGGAAAGUGUUCAAAAACCACUCUGUGUUGGGUUUAAGAGAACUUCUACAUUGACUAUUCAAGACCAAGAAGAAUUAUGUAAUGGAAAAUGCAAGUCAAAACAACUUUGUAGAUCUCAGAGUUUACUUUUAAGAAGUAGUACAAGACGGAGUAGUUAUAUCAAUACACCAGUGGCUGAAAUUAUCAUGAAACCAAAUCUUGGAAAAGGGAGCACAAGUGUGCAAGCAGCUAUGGACAGUGAACUCGGAGAGUCUAGUACCACAAUCAAUAAAAGACUUUGCAAAAGUACAAUAGAACUUUCAGAAAAUCCUUUACUUCCAGCUUCUUCUGUGUUGACUGGCACGCAAAGUUUGCUGCAACCUCAUUUAGAGAGAGUUGCCAUCAAUGCACUGCAGUUAUGUUGUUUGUUACUUCCCCCACCAAAUCGUAGACGGCUUCAACUUUUAAUGCGCAUGAUUUCUCGAAUGAGUCAAAAUGUUGAUAUGCCCAAACUCCAUGAUGUAAUGGGUACAAGAUCACUGAUGAUACACACUUUUUCUCGGUGUGUGCUGUGCUGUGCCGAAGAAGUGGAUCUUGAUGAGCUUCUUGCUGCAAGAUUAGUUUCUUUCUUAAUGGAUCAUCAUCAGGAAAUUCUUCAAGUACCUUCUUACUUACAGACUGCAGUAGAGAAACAUCUUGACUAUUUAAAAAAGGGCCACGUUAAAAAUCCUGGAGAUGGACUAUUUGCUCCUUUGCCAACUUAUUCUUAUUGUAAACAAAUUAGUGCUCAGGAGUUUGAUGAACAAAAGGUUUCUACCUCUCAAGCAGCAAUUGCAGAACUUUUAGAGAAUAUUAUUAAAAAUAAGAGUUUGCCUCUAAAAGAGAAAAGAAGAAAACUAAAACAGUUUCAGAAGGAAUAUCCUUUGAUAUAUCAGAAAAGAUUUCCAACCACAGAGAGUGAAGCAGCACUUUUUGGUGAGAAACCUACAAUCAAGCAACCAAUGUUGAUUUUAAGAAAACCAAAGUUUCGUAGUCUAAGAUACUAACUAAAUUAAAAAUUAUCUAAUACUUGUCGAACUUUGAUAAAUGAAGCCAUAUCUGUGAAUCUAGCUAUUAAAAUGGGAUUCUCUUAUUAGUCAGGUUUCUCUUACGUAAACACAUGAUGUGAGGAUGUGCCAAAUAGUUAUCAAUUUGAGACUGUGAAAGAGCUACUGAAUCUCAACUGAGAAAGCAUAAUAAUAGGCAAUACCAAAUAUUUUAACCAGAAACAAUCUUAUUUUGUAAUGCUACUAUCUGGAAAAUCUGCAAUGGUUAUACUAAAAUUUUAUUUACUUGAAUUUUGAAAACUGAGUUGUGUUUGUGUUCAUCAAGAUUAAGCUGUAACUGUUUCUAAAAGAAAACUUUAGAAAAAGAAAACUUAUCUACGCAUUUGUUUAUGGAUAUUAGCUGAAGGAGUAGUUAUUUAGGAUUACUUCUUUGUUUCUAAGUAUAAGAAUGUGAAGAAUAUUUGAAAGUUCAAUGAAUUCUCAACUGCUAAAUGUUGCACUUUUGUAUAUUCUUUUUCUACUUUGAUCUAUUUAUAUAUGUGUGUGUGUGUGUGUGUGUAUGUAUGUGUGUUGUUUAAAUAUAAAUAUGUUUAUGUAAGAUUUUGUUUCACUUUAACCAUUAUCCUCAUUGCUUUAUUCAUUCAUUUUUUUUCCAUAAAUAUCUUUUGAAUUUUUACAUUUAUAAUCUACCAGAAGAUGGAGAUAUAUAAAAGUAUAGGGCUAUCGUGUUCAUUCAGAAUAGUAUUCAGCAACUACUAUAUUCCUUUCAUUGUUCCCUGAAUGUGGAGGCAAUGAUGAAUAAAUCAAUCUAUUCCCUUUA